AUGAAACCAAGAAAUAUAAACAACUUGCUAACCAUUUGGUGCAUCUUAUUUUCCAUCUGUGAGUACGGCUACGUGAUGAGCCUCCGAAUCGGGCCUGGCAGAAGCUACAGUCAGAGCCACAAUCCUCAUCGGCAUGGGGAAAACGAAGUGGAAUUUGGAAAAAGUGGACACCUAAGAGACUUGAGAAAGCACGGAAACAUUUUAUGUAACAAUAUUUCUUCCAAUAGAAAAAACGAGGUUUCAUUUCUUAGUCAGAAAAAACAACUUGACGAUGAUGACAAUGACGAGUUGGGGGACCUGUACAACGGCGAUGAUGAUGACGCGUCUACCACUACGGGAGGCGGCUCUGUCAGGAGUGACGACGACGAUCUGGAGCCUUCCCACCAAAACGACGAGGAAGACGAAGAAGAGGGCGAGAACCAGCUAUCCACCAAGGACGACGCAGAGAGGAGUGGGACAGAGAAAGGACUCAAAAAGAAGCUCCAACUGACUACGCAGGAAAAACACAUAGAAGAUAAAAAAGAAAAGAACCAUAGUACCUUUAAGAAGUACCACUUCAAUGACGAUGAUGAAGAAGAGGCCAGAAAAAGAUCCUCAAGAAAAAGUAAAUCCCUGGACGAGGCCUCCCUAGAUAGCGAUAAUGACGAAAAUGGCGAUGGUGACAAAGAUGAUGAUAGCGAGGGAGAUAAAACGCAAUCCAACACUAGAGACGCGAUGAAGAAGGAAUUGGACGUGUUUCCAGGCUUAUACUUUGCAGGCAUCGGGUAUGACUCCCUCUUUGGAAAUCCCUUGGGGGAAGCAGACUCUUUGACGGACCCUGGUUAUAGGGGACAGAUUAUAUUGAUGAGCUGGGCUCUUAGCAACGAAGGAGUUGCUAACGACUUGUCCACUUUGCAACCCUUGAAUGCAUGGGUGCGAAAGGAAAACGCCUGCAGUAGAGCAGAAUCGAUAGAAGAAUGCAGCAGCGUUGCGGACUACACCAGAAACCUGAGUGUGGAGGCGAGCGUGUCGGGGAGCUACAUGGGAUUCGGGGCCUUCUCGGCGUCCACCGGGUAUAAGAGCUUCCUCCAGGAGACAGCCAAGCGAACCAGCAAGACGUAUUUGGUCAAGUCAAACUGCGUGAAGUACACGGUUGGCUUGCCUCCCUACGUGCAAUGGAAAGUAACCACCGCCUUCAAAAACGCAGUGGAGGGACUCCCAUCCCAUUUCAGAGGCCUAGAAGAAGACAGCGAAUGCCCGUCGAAUGUCUACGAGCAGAAGAAAACGUCCCAGGAGUGCGAAGAUGUGCGCACGUGGAUUACAUUCUUCAGCACGUAUGGCACUCAUGUCAUUAUGGAAGCACAGCUGGGUGGCAAAAUCACAAAAAUCAUCCGCGUGGAAAAGUCCUCGAUGAACAAAAUGCAACAGGACGGAGUCAGCGUGAAGGCGGCAAUACAGGCACAGUUUGGCUUUGCCAGCGUAGGCGGGUCCACAAGCGUCAGUUCUGAUAACUCGUCCAAAAAGAACGAAGAGAGUUACCAGAUGAGGGAAGAGCUAGUUGUGAUUGGAGGAAACCCAAUCAAGGAUGUAACGAAGGAAGAGAAUUUAUACGAAUGGUCCAAAACUGUAUCCACCCAUCCGAUGCCAAUAAACAUAAAGCUGGUAGCGAUUUCGGCCCUGUUCGAGACGGAAGAUUUGAAGAACUCCUACGAGCAAGCUCUCCUUUACUACACCAGGCUGUAUGGCUUUUCCCCCCACGACACCAUGCAGAAGGACGAGAAGGACAUAGUUAAGAUUCUGACCGGUUCGACAACAGUCACCAACAGUGGCCCACCCCCCAUAAGCGCAGAAUGCCCACACGGCAUGGUGGUCUUAUUUGGCUUUGCAACCAAGCAGAAUUUCUGGGACAAUACGAACAAAUUGAAGGGAUACGAUAUAGAGAUCUGUGAAUCUGGCUUGAGUAGCUGCACGUCGAAACAGGGAAGUACAAACAAGUAUGAUGUGGCCUACAUAUAUAUCGAAUGUGGCCUCCAAGCUUUACCAUUCACAGAUCAGGUGGUCAGCGUAAGUAGCACGACUUACAACGAAUUGAAAUGUCCAAAUGGUUACUCUCUUUUGUUUGGAUUUGGAAUGGCUACUUCUUCUGGCAGGCACCAAUCAGCUCUCCACACGUAUUUCACGGCCUGCCGACCAGGCAUGAAAAGCUGCUCCCUAAACAUGAACAAUAGCGAUGACAAGAGCUACUUAUAUCUAUUCUGUGUAGACGCAACCAUAUGGACGGGAUUGAAUGACCUGUCGCUGAUCGCCAAGGAUGAUUUACACACCGCUGUUAACAAGUACAAGCAAUUUAAUGAUGGUCAAUUAGUCGUUACAUGUCCUUCAGAAGGAACCAUAUUGACGGGAUUUUAUGGUGAGACGCAUACCUCCAGUCCUUAUGUGUCUGCCCCCUUUGGCAGAUGUGACAAGAGUUUAAAGGCCUGUUCAGUGCAUGGGUGCGGCCAGGGAAUCGGCAUUCACAACUACAGGACGGUGUUCGUCGUGGCGUUGUGCAAGAAUAACUAG